GUCCUGUCAGAUUAGAUGUGUGCGCUGUAAGCACUACUGUACUAAGUUUGUAAAAAGCCACAGGGGGAGUGCAGGAGAGGGAGAGCAGUGUACACCAUGUGCACACAGCCAUUAAAGUUAUUUUGAACUGAACACACACACACACAGCUGUCGGGAACCAUGACACAAGAUGACCGAUACAGUGGUCGUCGAGGGACAAGUGAGACUCCGAGAAGGAAAAAAGUGGAAGAGUAGAUGGGUGGUCCUGCGAAAGCCCUCUCCGGUAGCAGACUGCCUGUGUGUGCUGGUGUAUAAGGAGCGCAGUAAAGGGCAGCGGGAGAAGAGUCAGCUCACUCUGGGUGAUAUCUGUGGCCUGGAGCUCCUGCAGGGUUUUGAAGGAGUGAACUAUGCUCUUACCCUGCUCUGCCUGACACAGUCUCUUACACUCGGCUUCGACAGCAGGGAAAACCUCCUGGCCUGGGACGCGCGCAUCCGCUACAGCCUCGGAGAGGUCCACAGGUUCAAUGUAAAUGUCCAACCGGGCACUAAGCUGGAGAGCGGCGCAGCAGCACUGCAUCUGUGUAAUAACCUGCUCGUUAUAGCCCGAGACAUCCCUCCAGCAGUUAUUGCGCACUGGAGACUGACUGACCUGAGACGUUAUGGAGCAGUGCCUAAUGGAUUUAUCUUUGAGGGAGGGACACGCUGUGGCUAUUGGACCGGGGUCUUCUUUCUGGCCUGUACAGAGGGGGAACAGAUCAGCUUUCUGUUUGACUGUAUUGCUCGAGGCACCUCUCCAAGCAGAACACCGUUUGGAUUACGCCCCUCCCUACCAGACCUCAGUGCUCAUGCGUCCUCUGUGGAGGAGAGGAUUACGCAGGAAGCCAGUGAGCUGGAGAAACGCCUCAGCAUGCUGUCAGUGUGCAGCCGCCAGAGCAGCAUAGCCUCCCACUCCAGCUCCACAGGAGAUGCCCGCAGCAUCUCAAGCUCCUCCUCCGAGACCAGCCACUCAGAUGCUAGCUUGAGCAGUCGCCUAGCAACAUGGGCUGACCCAGUUCGAUACCCCACUCCUACAGAGCCCUCAGUGUGUGUGUCAGGAGCGACAGGGUCAAGGCCAUCCAGUGAGGAGCAUCAUGAAGGACUACUCCGCCCACCAACUAAACCGCCCCGCCCCAGAGGACUUCAGGAGGCAGGGCGACAGAGCUCGACGGACAGCGGUAUCGCCACAGGAAGCCACUCGUCCUAUUCCGGAAGCUUCUCAUCCUACACAGGCAGCUUAGAUACCACGCAGGGAGAGACUGAGGAGUUCGGCUCAGUGAUGAGCCUCACACUGAACACAAAUUCCAGUACAAACCCCAACACUCCAACUUCCACUUCUAACACAAUCCCCAGACUUCCUCCACAGUUCCAAACAUCCAGCAUAUUAGCAAGCCCCGCUGCCUUGCCACCAGGGCACAGACCAUGUGUUUGCCCCGUCACUGGGGUAUCUGAAGCACAAGAGUCAGAGUACCAGGUGCCUGUUCAGCUCUUGCAGCACUACGACACCCCUCGAAGACUCAUUCAGCCCCACCCCUCCACCUCUUCCUCGACCCAGAAGCCCGAAUGUGGCCUAUUAGUGCCACAGGGAAGCCCUGCUUCUCCCAAACUGACUGCACCCGUGAGGCCGUAUGUGAGUGGUGAUGGAGUACUACCCCCUGGAGGCUUGACCAUGCAGCGACACAUUCUCUGUCCUGUAUGUGGAGGAGUGAAGAUGGUAUUGCCUUCCACACACACACGUUCCUCUCAUGUCCCUGCUGGACUGGAAAAAACAAAGCCUGAAAUGAGCAGCGCUGCCGUAUCUGCAGCUCCUGAGGGCGUGAGUGUGGGCCCCUCCACAGAGGCUGAGCAGUUAAGCAGAUACGAUCUGAUAAGCGGCCAAGUACCGCAGAAGGGCUUUUGGGAGACUGAGGGACACUCAUCAGCAGUGCCUACAUCUCCCAUGAGCUCUCUGAGGCUUUUCAGACACUCAUCCUUGUCUGGGAGAUCAUUAGCUCUAUCAGGUGAAUCAGGUUCUACAGUCACAGACCGGCUUCAGGGGGAAUCUGUGAAUUACGUCAACAUCCCUGUUAGUCCCAUGUCUAAACGACAGCUACACUACAUGGAGCUGGACCUGCAGGAUGUACAGGAGACUGGCCACACUGUCAGAGGGGCGUCCAACACUAAAUACGCACAGAUUGACCAUGCUGCGACAGAGACGGCUCAGAGGGUUGGAGCCCAGCAUGCACAGGGCAGAGAGGACAGACUACACGAACUUGAGCAAAGGAGACGAGGAACGCUGAACUAAACACACACUCAACAAACAUUAUCCAUAAGCAAAGUACCAGCAUCUCUCAUAACAUUCAUCACCACACAGAAUAUUACCUUUUGCUUUCUAAACCUCUGAUUUUUAUUACAAAAUGCAAUAUAACUAAAGUAAUAAAGUUUUGGAUAUUCUGGCAGCAACUCUAUUAAAUGCACAUGAAAACAUUUUAAAGGGGGCAAAUUCAUAUGAUUUUGUGGUUUUAUAUAUUUUAUUGUAUUAUUAUUACUUAUUAUUGAAGUAUGCUAAGAAUAUAAAAUGAGUCCAUAUACAUUACUAUUAGUUAUGGUUUUGAUGUAAGUACUCUUGAUAACUUGUAAAUAGUCUACUUUUUUCUUCAAAUGACCAACUUUGUACAUUUACACAUUUAAAUCCCAAAUGUACAUCACAUGAGAAAUAGAUCCUGUAUUUUUUUAUUUAUUCAUUUGACAUUUUUAUCUUUAGUGCAAUAA